UAAUAUAACAGCAAAACUGAUGCUCAAUUAAUAUAUAUGCAACCCAGCAAUGGCCUUCGAGGACGCUACACAUCAAUUAAAUAAUUCUUUAUCAUUUACAAAUCAAUCUGCAAUCGGCGUGUCCGCAAAAACUAAACAGAAUGGAACAAAUCGUGGCAUAUUGCCACAAAUUGAUUCAAACUUUAUUGAAAUGUCAAAACCGAGUGAAUUAAAUGUAUCACGCGCCCUGAAUGCCAGGAACAAUAAGGAAACUGUGAAAAUGUUUGGCUGGGGAAAGUUUCAACCAACAUUUUUACAACGUUUUUGCACUGCGAAAUGGGCACUUUUUUGGCUCUGUUGGGGUGGCGCUAUGCAAGGACUCAUUGUGAAUGGUUUCAUUAAUGUCGUCAUUACGACAAUCGAGCGACGCUUCGGCUUACGAUCUCGCCAAACCGGACUUGUGGCAAGCGGCUAUGACAUCGCCUCCUUCGUCUGUCUAGUGCCAGUAACAUAUUUCGGCGGACGUGUUGGAGCAUCAAAACCAAAAAUUGUAGCAUGGGGCGUUAUUUUGAUGGGCAUUGGAUCGCUGACCUUUGCUUUGCCACAUUUUUUGGUCAGCAGCUAUCGGGCGACAAUGAGUGAGAGUAAUGUUUGUCAAAGCGGUGAUGCAAAUGUAACAACUUAUGAGUCUUGCAGCCACAACUCGCAUUCGGACUCUUUCGCCGAGCAGGAGAAUCUUUCUUGGACCGUUUGGUUGUUCUUUUUGGCGCAGUUAUUGCAUGGCGCGGGCGCUUCACCGCUCUUCACACUCGGCGUCACAUAUAUCGAUGAGAAUGUCUCAAAGAAGAUGUCCUCCGUGUAUUUGGGUAUCUACUAUACCAUGGCGAUAAUUGGGCCCGCUGUUGGCUACGUGCUUGGUGGGCAGCUUUUACUGAUUUAUACCGAAUUCAUGACUGUGGAUGCCUCAGAAUUGGGAUUUACAAGCUCCAGUAAAGUUUGGAUUGGUGCUUGGUGGAUUGGUUUCGUUUUCGCAGCCGUUGCAUGCAUUCUACUCUCCAUACCAAUAUUUGGAUAUCCACCUUCACUGCCGGGAGCCGAGCAAUUACAGCAGCAAAAAGUCUCGGAGGCCUAUAAUGCGGAUGGCAAAAACACUGAACAAUCAUUUACUAAAAUCAAAGAACUGCCAUAUGCACUUAUUUCAUUGCUGAAGAAUCCCACGUUUUCCUUUCUGAAUUUAGCUGGCGCCACAGAGGGUUUAGUCAUCGCAGGAUUUGCAGCUUUUCUACCGAAACAAAUAGAGAAUCAAUUCAGUAUUUCACCAGUUUGGUCGGCACUAUUGAUGGGCCUCAUAACUGUGCCUGCCGGUGGUGGUGGCACAUUUUUAGGUGGCUACCUAAUUAAGAAAUGGAAUCUCAACUGCGCACAAAUUAUAAAAAUGUGUUUGAUUAUGACACUGAUUUCGGCAUGUUUUACAUCCUGUUUUUUACUCUCCUGCCCGAAUUUGGGUUUCGCAGGCGUAACAGCGAAAUAUCAAGCAACAAAGCUUAAAACUGGCAUUGGAGAGCUGACAAAUCAGACGGAUGGUAUAGAGUUUUCUUAUCUGGGCACCGAGCUAAAAUCAGCUUGCAACAUGGAAUGUGGAUGCAGUAAAUUGAAUUAUGAACCUAUUUGUGGCGCUGACGGUAUUCUCUACUACAGUCCCUGCUUUGCCGGUUGCCAAGCGGAGUAUAUGAGUAAUAUUAAAACUUACUCGAAUUGUUCGUGUAUUGAAAAGACGACAUCUUUUAAUGCUAAUCUUGUACCAGAGGCCACAAAUACGAUGUGCGAGUCCACCUGCCAGUAUUUGCCGUACUUUGUUGGCUUGUGUUUCGUACUGAUGCUGUUCACUUUUCUAUCGACCAUGCCUGCUUUAUCGGCCACACUAAGAUGUGUUCACGAUGACCAACGUUCCUUUGCACUCGGCAUACAGUGGAUAAAAGUCCGACUCUUGGGCACCAUACCAGCGCCGAUGAUAUUUGGUACACUCAUCGAUGACACCUGCAUACUUUGGCAAGAGACCUGUGAUCAGGAAGGCGUUGGAGUGGGCGCUUGUUUAAUCUAUGACAAUAAUAACAUGAGCCGAUACAUGUGGCUGCUGGCGCUGGUAGGCAAAACAUUAUCCGUAACAUUUUUCUUUGGCGCUCUGUGGUUUUAUAUACCACCCAAACAGUCAACGAUUAACGGCGAAAAUGCACAAGCUGUUAAUAACAGUGCUGAUAUAACAACUGUGGCCACAGUGGAGGCCGAGUGAAUGAAUGCUGCUGUGUAUGUUUGUGUAUGCACAUAUAGUAGCUGCAUACAUAUAGCAGAUACGACACAGUAUACGUGUAUGUAUGCACGUGUGGUAGAAAGUUUAUGUUUAGAAGAAGAAGUCAUAACAAAAACGUAAAAACAUUUUAUCCCCUCUCAUUUGUGGCGCUCAAAGAAUGUGUGAGGAGUAAACAAAACCGAUAGUUUACAAAAUAUGCAACAGAUGGUUUGACACAUACAUACAUACAUACUUGCAGAGGUGUAUACAAAACUAAUAUUCCAAACAUAUGUGCAAACCAGCUGACUACAGUCACGCUCAAUAAUAAAGAUUCAUGUGCAUUUAUAAAUAUAUUUUAGUGUGUAGAUUUUUAUAUGUAUGCCACAUGAGAGGCAUAAGCAUCCGUAGUUUUCUUACAUUAUAUUAUAUAUGGUAUGUAUCUGGAAU